AAGUUAUUAGAAAGAAGAUAAUGAAAUAUUUUGUUUGUACUACACUUGUUCUAUUUGCAAUAUUUUUGUCAUGGACACAAGGCUUUAAAUUGGUCUGUUAUUAUGAUAUAACCAGUUCAGGUAGAGUGGGUCCUGCAAAAUUAACCUCUAAAGAAAUGGAACUUGCUUUAAGUUUUUGUACCCACAUUGUUUACAAUUAUGUGACGAUAACAAAUGAAUUGUGCCUGACAGUUCAAGCACCCGAGCGGCAAAAGGAGUUGGCCAAUGUGAUAAAUUUCAAAAAGAAAUAUCCGAAAGUUAAGUUUCUUUUCAGCAUUAGCGGUGCAAAUAAUUGGAAAACUACAAAUAGUUUUUUUGAAAUCUUGGAACAUGGACGCGCCAAGAAAAUGUUUAUUAAAUCUAUUAUAGAGAUCUUAACUAAAUAUAAAUUUGAUGGCAUAAGUUUGGAUAUCCCCUUACUCACACAGCAGCCAAUACAGACUUGCACAUAUUUCGGUAAGAUGUGGCAAAAAGUUAUACAUUUUUUUAAAAGAAAGCCUGAGAAAGAUUCUAAAGCUAUGGAACACAAAAAUCAGCUAACAACUUUGAUACAGCAAAUCAGCUCACAUUUGAGGGAACGCAAUGCUAUAUUGGCUUUAAACGUAUUGCCCAAUGUUGAUUUCAAAAAAUAUUAUGAUAUCGCUGAGAUUAUAAAAAAUUUGGACUUUGUAAUACUCUCAGCCUUUGAUUUUUAUACACCUAAACGUAAUCCCAAAGAGGCUGAUCUCAUGGCACCCACAAAACCUUUGGAGACAAAUGACAAUUAUCUACCUUUGGGAAAUCUUUAUAAAUACGGGAAUUCGAAACAAGUAUCGCGCUUCAAUUACAAUCGUUUGCCUUUAACAAAUAUUAAAGAUCUUUAUAAAUACUGGCAUUCACAAGAUGUACCACGCCACAAAAUCGUUAUUGGUGUUGCUGCGUAUGGUCGUGCCUGGAAAAUGACAAAAGACUCUAAUAUAAAUGGUGUCCCACCGAUUUUCUAUACCGAUGGUCCGGCUGCCGCUGGUCCACAAACACAAAGGCCUGGUUUCCUGUCGUGGCCGGAAAUAUGUGAAAAGUUGUUAAGAGAUCCUAAGUUAAGACGUGUUACUGAUCGUAAAGCUAAAUCUGGAGUCUACGCUUUUCGACCAGCUGAUAGUAGAGGUAAUUAUGGCAUUUGGAUUAGUUAUGAGGAUCAUAUAACGGCUGCUGCUAAAGCAGAGUAUAUACGCAAUCACAACUUGGGUGGUGUGGCCUUAUUCGAUUUGAGUUUGGAUGAUAUCCAUGGUGUGUGUGGUGGCGAAAAGUUCCCCAUAUUGAGAUCGAUUAAUUUUAGAUUAUCUAGAUCUCUUACCUAAGACUUAUUUAUGGUAGAAAUUUUAUAAUAAAAACUACUUAAUGUUUUAUUUAAA